ACAUACACACUCUCUCUCUCUCUUCUCGCUCUCUCACACAUACUGAGAGAUCACAUAGAGACACGCAAAACACACACAAAAACACACAUACGUUUCCAUUAAAACGCGUAUUUCAAAUCGAAAAUCCUGAAUUCUCAAUUGAGAGAGCUCCAUGCACAAUCACAAACCCUAACCAAAAUCCCCAAAUCACUGAUGCAGCCAUGAAAACCGAUCUCCAAAAACUCACCUUCAUCAUCCUCAAACCCUUCAUCCUCUUCAUCAUCCUCUCCCUCUCCAUCUUCGCCUUCCUCUCCAUCCAAGCCACCACCCGCCGCCCCCCUCCCUCCCCCGACCUCCCCUCCGACCUCAAGAUCCGCCCCGGCUACUCCUCCUACGACUCCUACCUCCAGCGCCAGCUCAACAAAACCCUCAACCCCAAGCUCCGCCACAUCUGGACCACCCGCGAUUGGGACCGCAAGGUCUCCAAAUUCGCCCAAUUCUUCUCCGAUCUCCAGCGCCGCGACCUAAUCUCGAACUCCUCCAGAUCUCUCUGCAUCGGCGCUCGCGUCGGCCAGGAGGUCGCCGCGCUGCAGCGGAUCGGCGUUCAGAAUUCGAUCGGGAUCGAUCUCGUGCCCUACCCUCCCCUCGUCAUUAAAGGCGAUUUCCACCACCAGCCGUUCCGCGACGGCAGCUUCGAUUUCGAAUUCUCCAAUGUUUUCGAUCACGCGCUCUACCCCUGGCAAUUCGUCGGCGAGGUCGAGCGCACGCUGACGCGCGGCGGCGUGUGUGUGCUGCACGUGCUGCUCUCACGGCGGGCGGAUAAGUAUUCGGCGAAUGAUCUGUUCAGCGUGAAGCCGCUGGAGGAGAUGUUUAAGAAAUCGGAGCUGAUUGAGGUGAGAAGCAUUGAUGGAUUUGGAUUGGAUACAGAGGUUGUGUUUAGGAAGAUUAGGAAUUGAUUUCGAUUGAAUCUGUUUUUGAUUUUUGAUUAUUCUUUUUUGUGAUUACGAAGAUUAUGCUCUUCGAUUCUUUCAAAUGUUUACACAGUGUUUAAAGAUUAUUGUACCAAUCAAUCAAUCAAAAGGUGGAAUUCUAAUGGUAAAAGAAGAAGAUUCUUCUUGUU